GGGGCCGUGAGGUGAGGGCGGUGUGGCGGUGUUUUGUGUUCCGUCCUUCGGGCUUCGCUCCGCGGGGAGGGAUUGGGGCCUCCGGGACCGUCUCGGUGGGGGUCUGCCGGCGCUGCCUCGAGGUUCUGGAGGGGGGUUCGGGGAUUCUGGGAGCGAGGGAAGCGAUGUUUGUUUGAGCGCAACGCUACUCGAAAUCCGUGUUUGUUUUCAGAGGAGGGGGCGGCCCCGUGGAAAGCAGGCCUGGCUCGGCCUGCGGGUUCCUGAGUGCGGGCAGGCGGCACUGCCAUGCGGGAGGGCCCUGCGGGGCCUGUGUGCAGAGCACAGCGCUCGAGGAUGCCUUUCCUACACGGCUUCCGCAGGAUCACUCUCGAGUACCAGCCCUUGGUGGAUGAGAUCUUGGCGUUGCUGGCGCUACAGGAUGCAGAAAGGCAGGACACGCUUGAAAGCCAUGCCUGCUUGGGCAGCAAUGGAAGCCAGCUCUCAGCAAUGAGACAAGUCUUGGAGAGGGAAGCCCACUCCCCAUUCUACCAGGAAGGUGUGAGCUAUACUCUGCUGAAGGUUACUGAGCUGGGGCUUGUCGAGGCUGCAGAAGUACUCCUGGAGUUUGGUGCACACCUCAGCUUUGAAGACCCGGUUACCUACUACACCCCGCUGCACAUUGCAGUGCUUCGCAACCAGCCUGACAUGGUGGAGCUCCUGGCACGCCACGGGGCCGACAUCAACCGCAGAGACCGGAUCCAUGAGAGCAGUCCCCUUGAUCUGGCCAGUGAGGAGCCCGAGCGGCUGCCAUGCCUCCAGAGGCUGCUUCAGCUUGGGGCCGAUGUCAACGCAGCUGACAAAACUGGAAAGACAGCGUUGUUGCACGCCUUGUUGCAUUGUUAUUGCAGCAGUGAUGUCGUCCAGAUCCACAACACAGAGAGCAUCCGUCUCCUGCUGGAAGGAGGUGCAGAUGCCAGGGCUACCACUGAAGAUGGUGACACUGUCUUCACCUACAUCAUCUUCCUGCUGGGUGACAUAGUCUUGGCCAGCACAGAGGAGGCAGAGGUGCAGAAUCGUUUCUGUAUCCGCGUCAUGCAGCUGCUCAUGGCCCAUGGUGCCAACCCCAGUGAGUGCCCAUCCCUCGAGUCCUUCACCUACCGCUGCCUCCAGAACUUCACGUGCCACUUCCCACUGCUGCGUUUCCUGCUGGAGUCAGGUGCUGCCUACAACUGCUCCCUCCACGGUCCCUCAUGCUGGUCGGGCUUCCAGACUGUUUUUGACUGCCUCUGCUCUCACGUCAGUAUCCUCAAAGAUAGCAGCAUCUCUACAGAGGUCAUCCAAAUGGGUCAGACUCUGCUGGAGCUCAUGAUGGCCAGUUCACAAACCAUCCAGCUGCCCAGCGACUUCGAGGUCGACGUUAACAGCUGCAGGUACCAUGAGGAAAAGAUCAGGACUCUGUUCUGCUCUGUGAAGCAGCUGGAGCACACCCCACAGGCACUGAAACAUCUCUGCAGGGUGUUCAUCCGGCAGCGCCUUAGGCCUUGGCCAAUAGACAUAAAAAUCAAGGCUCUGCCUCUUCCAGACAGGCUGAAGUGGUACCUCCUCAUUGAUCACGCUGCUGUUGGGCACGAGGACCUCAGCCUGACUGAUGACUCUCCAUCUCCCCAUUCUGUGGUCACAGUGCCUCCAGACAGUCAGCAAAUCACUGCUCUGCACCCGUUGUCUCUGCAGUGAGAGGUACUGCUGUCCCUUUGCCAAUGGCUUGACCAAUUCUGCCUGUGGUGUCUCUGCUGAUUUUUCAGGGGUGUGCUUUUUUGUGCACAAUGCUGCAUGCAUGUCUGUGGAGGUCUCGUGGCUUUAAAACAUGUUGCAGGGAGGUGAGCAGAGCCCAGAGGUGAAGAGGGCUCCUGGGCAGCGGGGAGCUGGACACUGCAGGAAGAGGGUGGUUUAAAAGGUGGGUUCACCUUUGCAAGUUGAAAGAAUGUGGAUUUGUAAGAAAAGGGGAGAGAGCAGGAGGAUGGUGUGACUGUACAGGUCUCUGCUCUGGCUGCAGGGUGGGUGAAGCAGUGCCAUGAGGGAGUGGCAGCACGGUGAGAUGCCUCAGGGUGCUGAGAGAUGUUGCCUGUACCAAGAACUGAGCAGCAAUGUGCAGGGGAGUGCUGGCAUCCAUGCCCUCCUGUUCAGUCAGUGGAAGCAGCCACAGUCCUGCAUCUCUGCCUGGGUGUGGGUGCCUUCCUCACUCACCUGGGAUUCCAAAACCAGGAACUUGGAGGGGAUGAGGCAAAGUGGGGUUAGCAACAGCAGCCUGACUGCUCAGUGAUGUCAGAGCUUUUGCCAAGAGUGCUCAAUCUACUCAGCACAGAGCACUAUCUACAAAGGGUGCCUCAGCAAUGCUGGACUCCAAAGCAAGCAGACAAUUGGCUGUUCCUUGGUGUGUCCUUGUGCAAGGAUGAGGAAUGGGCAGCUAUCUCCUUGGUGCCUUGCUCCUCCCUGUUUCUUUUAUCUGCUUCUCUUCCCUUUGGUGAUUGCAUGCUGAACUUUGAUCUCCAGUGCCUCUUUCCCAGGGGAAAGAAAUUGCAGCAGGGCUGCAAUGGGAGUUUUCUUGCCAAGCUGCUACUGGAAGCCCCAACUUUUGGGGCUCUGCAGGAAGGUCCCAACCUGUCACAGCCAUCUGGCUCCCCCAAGGAAGCAUCUGCUUCCUUGUGAAGUGCAGAAGAUGCUGUAAAGCUGAGCCCCCCCACAUUUUUGUUGUUUUUGUUUGUCAUGGGAAACAGAUGCAGAAAAGGAAGAAAUGUGUACUCUGAGCAGAUAUUUAUAGCAUGUGGAUCCGGGAUCCACGGGCAGUUGGUUGCAGAAGAGUUGUCUCACCACAUUGCCCCUCAUGGCAGCAUCUGUUUUUCACCUUUUCCCACUGUGUAGAAUUGGAGCUGUGCAUCUUCAUGAAUCGAUGUUUUGGGAAAAAAAAUAAAAUAAUGUGAUAAAAUA